AUGGCUUCUCCCGCUGCUUUUGUGUCCACCAGGACACAGCCGCCCUUGGAGGCGAUGAAGCCACCCAGAAACCCGCCGACUCAAAUGGGGUUGGAAGAUGUGAGGCAGCUGUCAAGCUCCUCAAUACCAGUGGCUCUCUUGGCUUUGACCGCUGCCAGAAGUCGCCGUCAAAAGAAGCAUCAGAGCCGUGCGCUGGUGAGGUUGAACGCAUCCGAGGUAGUGGUCCAACACACUGACGAUGGUUUGUUUGACUUGGAGCCAGCAACUCCUGCUGAUUGGUCCUCAAAGAUGGGCAUUGUUCCACCUGAUGAUAUUCGAAGACGGAUCAGACUUACCCGGGGCAUGUUGGAGAAGGACAUCCUUGCCUACAUCGGCGAUACUGUCUGGGAAUAUCUGGUUCUGCGGCACCAGUACCAGCAGGUGGUUCGCAGCCCCUUCACCGAGAGUCAGGAGGUCAGAACACUCAGACAGGGCAAAGCGGCUGUGAUGCUCUACAAGGGAGAGACUCUGACCGAGAGAGAGCGUGAUGUGAUGCUGGAAGGGGCGCAGAAAACCUGGGUGAAAAAGGUGAGAAUGAACUUCGAUGGCAUCAAGCAAGUCGGUGUCAACAUGUACUCGAAUGCCUUGGGCCUUCGAACCUUGCUGGGCUACGCCUACAUGGAUGCAGCUUCGUCGGAUGAGGACUUGAUGCGAAUCGUCAAACAGAUCGGCGUCGUGUCUCCUCCUGGACAAGAAGACAAGAUGCUUGCAGAGAUCACUGGAGGUAUAUUUGAUCCCACCCUGAGACCACCUGGCAACUACUUUCUGGCUUUGGCUCCUUUGGGCCAUGCUGCUUUGCGUCUUUAUGUCAGUCGCUAUCUAUGUGAGAGGCCACUGCAGGCAAGCGAGUUUAUCUACCGGGUGAAGCUGGCGCUCCGGCAAGAGGAGUUGGACACAGCGGCAGUCGCCUUUUUGUUGGAUAAUGCCACGGCCGAAGAAGCCAGUCUCAUGCAGGGUGCUCGAGAACAAGGUGACAGUUAUGCCUUUGCUUUCGAGUGCCUGUUGGGUGAUCUGGCCCUGAGACUACCGUACCGUUUGCACCAGAUUGUAGCCCAAUUUGGAUGGGCACAGCCUCUGGAAGGCACCUAG